AUGGGCUUGAGGAUUCGCCCACGGCAGGUCCUCGUGACGGGAGGAUUUGUGCUCUUCGUCAUCUGCAUCGUCUCACUCUCUCGCUUCCCUCCGAACAACACCAGGGUCCCUCUGUCGUAUGUACCGUCAUCGUCAACUCGCGAUGGCAGCAGCAGCAGCUAUGUCGACACAGCCUACGAGCCCCCGCCACCAGUAGGGCCCCUCGACCCGAAACCCAAACCCGCACCCGCGGGCUCACAUCCCAUGUGGCAUCUAAUCAACAAUGCCGAGCGCGAUCUCGAGAACCUCAAGUCGCGCCAGUCCAAGACGCUCGGUCAGGCGGUGGCAGAAUAUCGCCGCCGCUAUAACAUUCCCCCGCCGCCCAAUUUCGACAAGUGGUUCGCCUUUGCGCAGGCAAAGGGUGUGCAGCUGAUAGACGAGUUCGAUAUGAUCCAUGAGUCUCUGGUGCCGUUCUGGGGAUUGAAGCCCGCAACGAUCCGGGAAAGAGCGAUGGAGGCGCUGGGCUUCGAUAAUGCGCUGCUGGGGAUCCAGAUCAGAAACGGCAAGACAACACAUGUGCAGGGUGGUGGUGAGUGGCAGCGUGAGGCGACAGUAGGCAUGAUGGGCAAAUUCCUACAAUAUCUUCCAAACAUGGACCUGUGCUUCAACCUGCACGAUGAGCCGCGAGUCGUGGUGCCGCAUGAUGACCUGGCCAGGCUGGUCAAAAGAGGCAUCGAGGUCAACAUGGCGGCUGCCAGCAGGCAUAGCAGCCCCCUGAACGAGUUCACGAAGAAGCCUCAAGGGCUCAACGACGGGACGCGGUUUGAGGAGAACAAGUUUACCCGCUUCAACGUAUUUGCCCAUCAGCCCACUUGGACACAUUCAAGGCUCUCCUGUCCACCUGAAAGUCCCGCAAGAGGACUCGAGGAGGAUGAGAAGAAAGACGACGUGUCCAAAUACGGGCUGGGCGACCUUGGUUUCAUCUACAAUGUGACCGCCAUGUCCGAUAUCUGCAACUCGCCUUCUCUCAGCACGAGUUUUGGGUUCUUUGACCGUCCAAACGCAUUCAACAUUGUACACGACCUCUUUCCCAUAUUUUCUCAGUCCAAAAUCUCUUCGUACAAUGACAUUCUGUAUCCUUCGCCUUGGUACUGGUUUGACAAAGUCGUGUAUGACGAAAAGAAAGACAAGCCCUGGGCUACAAAGGAAGACAAACUGUACUGGCGUGGUAGCACAACUGGUGGAUUCAGCAGGAACGGUGGCUGGCGGCGCCAGCAUCGCCAGCGCUUCGUGCAAAAGAUCAACGCUGCCGACAAUACGAAGAUUCUGGUAAACUCGGGGACCGAGUCAAACCAGCACUGGGAACCAAAGGUCGUGGCCCGCGGCGAGUACAAGGACAUCAUGGAUGUGUACUUCUCGGGGGUUGGCCAGUGUGACCCGGGCGACUGCGAUGCCCAGGCCGAGUUCUUCACCAUUAAGGGUCACGCCGAGCAGCAGGAUGCUUGGAACUUCAAGUACCUUCUCGACAUUGACGGCAAUGCGUUCAGUGGCAGGUUCUACGCUUUCCUACAAAGUCGCAGCUUGGUGUACAAGUUUGCUGUUUUCAGGGAGUGGCAUCUCGAGUGGUUGAAGCCGUGGGCGCACUACAUCCCACUGAGCCUGCAGGGAGAUGAUUGGCUCGAGGCCGUGAGGUUCUUUGGCGAUGGUUCUUUGGGCAAGAAGGAGGCGGAACGUUUGGCUAACCAGCAAAGAGACUGGGCCAACAGCGUGCUUCGACAUGAGGAUAUGGAGGUUUGGUUCUUCAGGUUAUUGCUCGAGUACGGGCGCGUAAUUGACGACAACCGAGAGAGCAUUGGCUUCUCCGUCGGCGGAACGAAGGCCGCAGCGGAUGAGAAGGGCAUAUAA